GAUGUUGUGUCCGUUUCUGUUGUCAGGACAUGAGCCAUAUUAAUGCAACUACUGCUCUUAUAAAACAGCCAACUUUUGGUUGUCCUACGAACUUUCCGACCUCAGUUUCACUUUCUUCUUACUCCCCAGUCAUCGCCAGUCAGUGUGAAUAUGGGGAAGAUGAUUCUGCCUGCGGCCUGCUCCCUGUGGACUCUGAUCCUCCUUUCUGCAACUCCUCCUUCCUCGGGGAAUUUACUUCGAGUCCCUUUGAUAAAGCGAACGUUCAAUGUCAUCAGUGCCAGUGCAGCUCGAACCUAUGCCACAGCUCAGGACCAUAGAAGCAAGGGAAUACCGAGCAGCAGCAUUGACUCUGAUAAUUUGGCCUUGCAGGAGAGAAGCUAUUUGGAUGCACAGUACUUUGGGGAGAUCAGCAUCGGUUCUCCCCCACAGAACUUCACAGUCAUCUUCGACACUGGAAGCUCCAACCUUUGGGUGCCGUCAUCAAACUGCUACUUCCUUUCUAUUGCCUGUUAUCUCCAUUCGAGGUACAAUGCUAGCAAGUCCACCACGCACACUCCAAUCGGAGAACCUUGCAAUCUACAUUACGGGUCAGGCUCAAUAUUGGGCUACUUCAGCAAAGAUGAUGUGCAAGUAGGAAACCUUGUUGUCAAGAACCAGAUGUUCAUCGAAGCUAUAGUUGAAGGUUGUCUAAGCCUAUCGUUGGCACAGUUCGACGGAAUACUCGGGCUUGGCUUCCAAGACAUUUCUGCUGGGAGAACUUUGCCAUUUUGGUAUAACAUGGUGCUGCAAGGUCUCGUGAGCCAGAAGGUCUUCUCAUUCUGGCUGAAUCGAGGCUCAGGUUCGGCCCAGGGAGGCGAGAUCAUUUUCGGAGGUAUCAAUCCCAAACACUUCAAGGGCAAUCACACUUAUACACAGAUCACACGAAAUGGAUAUUGGCAGAUUCGACUUGAAGAUUUUCUUGUCAGAAACCAAUCUUCAGGUGUCUGUGCCGGUGGCUGUGCUGCUAUUGUGGACUCAGGCACGUCUUUAAUCGCGGGACCUGAGGAUAUUCUGACCGACAUAAACCGCGAAAUUGGAGCAAGAGGAUUAAUGAGCAUGGAGUGCAAGCAAGCUGUAUCUCAGUACGGGGACCUUAUGUGGCAGCUCCUGAUUUCCGGGUUGAAGCCAGAAAAGGUGUGUUCGAGUCUCGGGCUCUGUUCUUAUAAUGGAACACACAAUUCGGGUGAGAUAAUUAAGGAAGUGAUUGAAAAAAAACCCGAGGAUAAAUUUGGAGUUCACGGAGGUAUCCUCUGUUCCACUUGUGAGAUGAUGCUCAUGUGGAUACACAAGAAGCUGCUACAGAACACUACAAAGGAAAUAAUAUUCGAAUACGUGAACAAGCUGUGUGACAAUCUGCCCAAUCCCGCCAGAGAAUUAGUUGUAGACUGCAAUAACAUCGGGGACUUUCCACCAGUUUCUUUCAUUAUCGGAAAGAGGUCGUUCCAUCUCACUCCUCAACAGUACAUAGUAAAAGUCGUACGAGGGUCGUCCACCAUCUGCAUCAGUGGAUUUGUGCCUCUAGAUGUGCCUACGCCUCAAGGACCCCUCUGGAGUCAUGUCACGUGUUACCUGCAGGAUCCUAGGAGAUAUAUUCAUGGAAGUGUACCACACAGUGUUCGACUUCGGGAAUCUGCGGAUUGGAUUUGCAGAAGCCGCCCAGUGAGAGUAUUGUGAUAUCUUUCACCGGCAAAAACUGUCAUCAGUAUUGUAGUGUUAUCUGGAUUGACAAUGAAAAUUAGUUUCUAGAUUAACCAAAAAGAGACAAGUUUAGCCGACCGAACUUGAAAAAAUAAAAAAAUGACAAUGACCACUGGUGCUUCGAUGAGGACACAUUUGUCACUU